GUAACAAAUAGAUGGAGGGAGAAGAGUCUAGUAGUUUCCAGUCCCACCCACAGAAAUCCAGAGGCCUCACUCGCUGUCUCUCUCUCCUCCUAUAUUACCGUACCACUUCUCCUUCCAAACUCAAACACGGAAGAAGAAGAACAAAGAAUCAAGCAACAGAGGUCACUAUUGCACGGUGUUAACCUAAGUCUGCGAUCGCAAUUCCUACAGUUUCCGUUCAGUCAUUCGUUGCAUUCGUUGAAAGGUUUAAAAUAUAAACAAUGAAUCCUGACAAGUUCACCCACAAGACAAAUGAGACCCUUGCCGGAGCUCAUGAACUGGCUGUGAAUGCCGGACACGCACAGUUUACCCCUCUCCACAUCGCCGCGGCUUUAAUCACCGAAACAAACGGUAUUUUCCGACAAGCAAUUGUCAAUGCUGGGGGCGGUGAAGAAGCUGCAAACUCGGUUGAAAGGGUCUUCAAACAGGCAAUGAAGAAGCUCCCCUCCCAGACCCCUCCACCGGACGAAAUCCCCGCAAGCACUACCCUCAUUAAGGUGAUCCGACGGGCUCAGUCCUCACAGAAGUCCCGAGGCGACACCCAUCUGGCCGUUGAUCAACUGAUCCUUGGCCUUUUGGAAGAUUCCCAAAUUGGAGAUCUGCUCAAAGAGGCAGGGGUUAGUACUUCACGUGUGAAAUCGGAAGUCGAUAAGCUUCGGGGAAAGGAAGGAAAAAAAGUGGAAAGUGCUUCUGGGGAUACUAAUUUUCAGGCUUUGAAGACUUACGGCCGGGACCUUGUAGAACAAGCUGGAAAACUUGAUCCAGUCAUAGGUAGAGACGAAGAGAUUCGGAGGGUUAUUAGGAUUUUAUCAAGGAGAACUAAGAACAAUCCGGUUCUUAUUGGAGAGCCUGGUGUGGGUAAAACUGCAGUAGUUGAAGGGUUGGCUCAGAGAAUUGUUAGAGGUGAUGUUCCUAGUAAUCUUAACGAUGUGAGGCUUAUAGCGUUGGAUAUGGGGGCAUUGGUUGCGGGAGCGAAGUAUAGGGGAGAGUUUGAAGAAAGAUUGAAAGCUGUUUUGAAAGAAGUAGAGGAGGCUGAAGGGAAAGUGAUUCUUUUCAUUGAUGAGAUUCACCUUGUCCUGGGAGCCGGUCGAACCGAGGGGUCAAUGGAUGCUGCCAACUUGUUGAAGCCGAUGCUUGCUAGGGGACAACUCAGAUGCAUUGGGGCAACAACUCUUGAGGAGUACAGGAAGUAUGUUGAGAAAGAUGCUGCUUUCGAGAGGCGGUUCCAACAGGUUUAUGUUGCUGAACCGAGCGUUCCUGAUACAAUUAGUAUUCUUCGAGGGUUGAAAGAGAGGUAUGAAGGUCAUCAUGGUGUGCGAAUUCAGGACCGAGCUCUUGUGGUUGCUGCACAGUUAUCAUCUCGAUAUAUUACUGGGCGUCAUUUGCCGGAUAAAGCGAUUGAUCUUGUCGAUGAAGCUUGUGCAAAUGUACGGGUCCAGCUUGAUAGUCAACCUGAAGAGAUUGACACCCUUGAAAGGAAAAGGCUUCAAUUAGAGGUUGAACUUCAUGCUCUUGAGAAGGAGAAAGACAAAGCUAGUAAAGCCCGACUUGUGGAAGUGAGAAAAGAGCUUGAUGAUUUAAGGGACAAGCUUCAACCAUUGAUGAUGAAGUACAAAAAAGAGAAGGAAAGGAUUGAUGGGCUCCGCAAACUCAAACAGAAACGUGAAGGGCUCCUCUUUGCAUUACAAGAAGCAGAAAGGAGAUACGAUUUGGCCAGGGUUGCUGAUUUAAAAUACGGUGCAAUUCAAGACAUUGAGGCUGCAAUAGCAAGGCUAGAAGGGACCUCAGAAGAGAAUAUGAUGCUCACAGAGACCGUUGGACCAGAACAAAUCGCAGAGGUAGUGAGCCGCUGGACCGGAAUCCCAGUAACCAGGCUAGGUCAAAAUGAGAAAGAAAGAUUGAUUGGACUUGCUGAUAGAUUGCAUGAGAGAGUUGUGGGACAAGAUCAAGCAGUUAUUGCAGUUGCAGAAGCGGUGUUAAGGUCUAGGGCUGGGUUGGGAAGGCCGCAACAACCGACAGGUUCGUUCCUUUUCUUGGGUCCCACCGGUGUUGGGAAGACCGAGCUUGCCAAGGCUCUUGCGGAACAAUUGUUUGAUAAUGAUAAUUUGUUGAUUCGGAUUGAUAUGUCUGAGUAUAUGGAGCAGCACUCGGUUGCUCGAUUAAUUGGUGCUCCACCUGGGUAUGUUGGCCAUGAGGAAGGUGGGCAACUCACAGAAGCUGUGAGGAGGCGGCCAUAUAGUGUGGUACUUUUUGAUGAAGUAGAGAAAGCUCAUCCCACCGUGUUCAAUACCUUGCUCCAAGUUCUGGAUGAUGGGAGGUUGACAGAUGGCCAAGGCCGCACAGUUGAUUUCACCAACACCGUGAUCAUUAUGACAUCGAACCUUGGAGCCGAGUAUCUCUUGGCCGGAUUAAUGGGCAAAUGUACUAUGGAAAAAGCUCGGGACAUGGUGAUGCAAGAGGUUAGGAAGCACUUUAAGCCCGAGUUGCUCAACCGGCUUGAUGAGGUUGUGGUGUUCGAUCCUCUAUCUCAUGACCAAUUGAGGAAGGUUGCGAGGCUUCAAUUGAAAGAUGUUGCAAGCCGCCUUGCGGAGAGGGGUAUUGCCUUAGGUGUGACUGAAGCAGCAUUAGAUGUCAUAUUAGCAGAGAGUUAUGAUCCGGUUUACGGUGCGAGGCCAAUCAGGAGAUGGCUGGAGAAGAGGGUUGUGACUGAGCUGUCGAAAAUGCUUGUGAGGGAAGAGAUUGAUGAGAACUCGACUGUUUAUAUCGAUGCUGCAUACAACAAAAAGGAGUUGACAUAUCGGGUUGAGAAGAAUGGAGGGCUUGUGAAUGCUGCGACCGGGCAGAAAUCGGACAUGCUAAUUCAAAUCCCUAAUGUACCGAGAAGUACCGAAGCUGCCCAGGCGGUUAAGAAGAUGAAGAUUGAAGAAAUAGAUGACGAUGACGAUGAGAUGAAUGAAUAAAUAUUUUGGUCUAUAGUAUGAGAGAUAUGGUGGAGUGAUUUUCAAAGCUUAAGAAAACUGCUAAUUCUAGUGGCUUCAUUCAGCUUUGGGCUGUGUAUAUUGAUGCUGUCUUUUUGCUCUUGAUGAAUUGUUGAACUGUUGAUGGGUGUGUACUCUUUGUUGUAUUCUAGUAUGAAGGCCGUGUAAUUGGCCAUUUUCUCUGUCAAGUGUGUGUUGAUUUUGUAUGUGUUCUUUUUGAGAAGAAGAAUUUCCAUUUUUCUUUUUA